ACAGGCAACUACGGAGAAAGUGGAAUGGAAGCUUUCAAAGAUAUGUCAGCCAAGGAAGGGAUUUGCAUUGCUCACUCUUACAAAAUCUACAGCAACGCGGGGGAGCAGAGCUUCGAUAAGCUGCUGAAGAAGCUCAGGAGCCACUUGCCCAAGGCCCGGGUUGUAGCCUGCUUCUGUGAGGGCAUGACCGUGCGAGGACUGUUGAUGGCCAUGAGGCGCCUGGGUCUAGCUGGAGAAUUUCUGCUUCUGGGAAGUGAUGGCUGGGCUGACAGGUAUGAUGUGACUGACGGAUACCAGCGAGAAGCUGUCGGUGGAAUCACAAUCAAGCUCCAAUCUCCUGAUGUCAAGUGGUUUGAUGAUUAUUAUCUGCAGCUACGGCCAGAAACAAACCUCCGAAACCCUUGGUUUCAAGAGUUUUGGCAGCACCGUUUUCAGUGCCGGCUGGAAGGGUUUGCACAGGAGAACAGCAAAUACAACAAGACCUGCAACAGUUCUCUGACUCUGAGAACACAUCACGUUCAAGAUUCCAAAAUGGGAUUUGUGAUCAAUGCGAUCUACUCCAUGGCCUAUGGCCUUCACAAUAUGCAGAUGUCCCUCUGCCCAGGCUACGCGGGCCUGUGCGAUGCAAUGAAGCCCAUCGAUGGACAGAAACUUUUGGACUCACUGAUGAAAACCAAUUUUACUGGAGUUUCCGGAGAUAUGAUCUUAUUCGAUGAGAAUGGAGACUCUCCAGGAAGGUAUGAAAUAAUGAACUUCAAGGAAAUGGGAAAAGAUUAUUUUGAUUAUAUCAAUGUUGGAAGCUGGGACAAUGGAGAAUUAAAAAUGGAUGAUGAUGAGGUAUGGUCCAAGAAAAACACCAUCAUCAGAUCCGUGUGCAGUGAACCAUGUGAGAAAGGCCAGAUAAAGGUGAUCCGGAAGGGAGAAGUCAGCUGCUGUUGGACCUGUACACCAUGUAAAGAGAACGAGUAUGUCUCUGACGAGUACACCUGCAAGGCAUGCCAACUGGGGUCCUGGCCCACUGAUGACCUUACAGGUUGUGAGUUGAUCCCAGUACAGUACCUUCGCUGGGGUGACCCUGAGCCCAUUGCAGCUGUGGUGUUUGCCUGCCUCGGCCUGCUGGCCACCCUGUUCGUCACGGCGGUCUUCAUCAUUUACCGCGACACCCCAGUAGUCAAGUCCUCCAGCAGGGAACUCUGCUACAUUAUCCUGGCUGGCAUCUGCCUCGGCUACCUAUGCACCUUCUGCCUCAUUGCAAAGCCCAAACAGAUCUACUGCUACCUUCAGAGAAUCGGCAUUGGUCUCUCCCCAGCCAUGAGCUACUCAGCCCUGGUAACCAAGACCAACCGUAUUGCCAGGAUCCUGGCCGGCAGCAAGAAGAAGAUCUGUACCAAAAAGCCCCGAUUCAUGAGUGCCUGUGCCCAGCUGGUGAUUGCUUUCAUUCUCAUAUGCAUCCAGCUGGGCAUCAUCGUCGCCCUCUUUAUAAUGGAGCCUCCUGAUAUCAUGCACGACUACCCAAGCAUCCGGGAAGUCUACCUGAUUUGUAAUACCACCAACCUAGGAGUCGUCACUCCUCUCGGAUACAAUGGGUUGCUGAUUUUGAGCUGCACCUUCUACGCUUUCAAGACCAGAAACGUCCCGGCUAACUUCAACGAGGCCAAGUAUAUCGCCUUCACCAUGUACACCACCUGCAUCAUAUGGCUGGCCUUCGUGCCCAUCUACUUUGGCAGCAACUACAAAAUCAUCACCAUGUGCUUCUCAGUCAGCCUCAGUGCCACCGUGGCGCUAGGCUGCAUGUUUGUGCCGAAGGUGUACAUCAUCCUGGCCAAACCCGAGAGAAACGUGCGCAGCGCCUUCACCACGUCCACCGUGGUGCGCAUGCACGUGGGGGAUGGCAAGUCAUCCUCGGCCGCCAGCAGGUCCAGCAGCCUCGUCAAUCUGUGGAAGAGGAGAGGCUCCUCCGGGGAAACCCUAAGGUACAAAGACAGGAGACUGGCCCAGCACAAGUCGGAAAUAGAGUGUUUCACCCCCAAAGGGAGUAUGGGGAAUGGUGGGAGAGCAACAAUGAGCAGCUCCAAUGGCAAGUCCGUCACGUGGGCCCAGAACGAGAGAAGCGGCCGGGGGCAGCACCUGUGGCAGCGCCUGUCCAUCCACAUCAACAAGAAGGAGAAUCCAAACCAGACGGCGGUCAUCAAGCCCUUCCCCAAGAGCACGGAGAGCCGCGGCCUGGGCGCAGACAUCAGCGAGCUCAACUCCAUGAUGCUGUCCACGGCCGCGCCCGGGCCCGGCGCGGGCGCCCGCUCUGCUCCUUCUACCUUGAUCCCCAAAGAGAUCCAGCUGCCCACGACCGUGACGACCUUUCCGAGAUCCCAGCCUCUGCCCGCCAUCGAGGUCACGGCCGGGGCGCAGCCCGUGGCAGCGGCGGCAGCGGCAGCCCCGCCGGCGGGGGGCGCUGCCCUGGAGACCCCGGCACCCGGGCCCGAGGCUGCAGCGGGCAAGCCGGACCUGGAGGAGUUGGUGGCCCUCACCCCGCCGUCCCCCUUCAGAGACUCGGUGGACUCGGGGAGCACAACGCCCAACUCGCCAGUGUCCGAAUCGGCCCUGUGUAUUCCAUCGUCUCCCAAAUAUGACACACUGAUCAUCAGAGAUUACACUCAGAGCUCCUCGUCAUUGUGA